CUCACUAAGCUACACACAAUCUAUCUCCAUGUCCAUGUCUCUCUCUUCCCCCUAGAUAUCACUGAAAAAAGUCAGCGCCGUCCUUCUCUGCUUCCACAACUAGCCUGAACAGCACCAAGCACAGAGCUGGUUUCAGUUGGCUCUGAAAUCAAUGGAAGAUGAUGAUUGGGAUCUUUACGCGGUGGUGCGCAGCUGUAAAGCUGUCACCACCGCCAGAGCCUCGCUUCCUGUUGUAACAGCACCCAAUCCGGUUCACCACGACGACUCUUCUGUGCCGUCGUGGAUGUGGGAUUGGGUGAAGCACGAGGAGGUGGAGACUCAUGUCCCGCCAGUCAGGUUUUCCAAUCUCGAGUUCAGAGCUGGCGAUGGAUUGGAGGAGUUUUACCAACCCUUUUUCCCAAGCCCCACCAUUGAUAAUACCACCACCACCACCACCAUCACCACUGGUACUAGUAGUUAUGCUCCUGCUGGUACUAUUAUUCCAAAUUCCGCUACCUCCUUUAUCUCUGACUUUGGAGGAGGAUCUACUAGUAGUGGCCAGCAUCAACUACAACAACAGCAGAAUAAUUUCAUGCCUGCCAAUACCAACACCAGCCCUCAUUUCAACCCCGGAUUCGCACCCGUUUCGGGUUUGGGAAGAUUCCCCGAACAACAACUCCUAAAACCUCUCAAGCUAGAAACUCCUGAGAAUCCGGAAGAGUUAAUUCCGAGGCUCAAGCCGGUCUCUUUGGUCGGUCCUGUCAUACCGCCCAUGCAAAUUCCACCGAACCUGAUCCGACCAAGGAAGAGGAAGAGCCCAGUCAAGAAGAUGGUGUGUCAUUUGGCAGCGGACAAUCUCUCCUCAUCGGAUUUGUGGGCGUGGCGGAAAUAUGGUCAGAAACCUAUAAAAGGCUCUCCACAUCCAAGGAACUACUACCGCUGCAGCAGCUCAAAGGGUUGCUCUGCCAGAAAGCAAGUGGAGCGAAGCACCGAGGACCCUAACAUGUUUGUUGUCACAUACUGCGGAGACCACACGCAUCCUCGCCCGACUCACCGGAACUCUCUCGCCGGAAGCACCAGGAACAAGGCGGCAGCGACGACUUCAAAAGCGAAAGAUCCCGAGUCUCCCUCCGUUCAAUUAGUGCCAGCUCAAGGUGGUGAUGAUGAUGAACAAGCUGCCAAUAGCAACUCCUGUGAUGGAGACAAAGCUAGCGAGGAAGCCGAGGAUGAGGAAAUGGAAGAAGACGAGGAUGAUGAGGAGUUUGUGGUGUCCUCGGAGGACAUAUUCUUGGGGAUGAAGCAAUUGGGUAGAACUGGUUCAGGAGGCAGCACUCUAGGGUCUUUGGCUGCUGGAACUUCUGGUGAUGGUUUUUCGACUAAACAGUCGAAUUUGGGGUCUUCUUGGGGGGCAAGUUGCUCCUCCUCUGCCGGAGCCACCGUCAGCGGUGGCUGUUAGGUAAUUAAUAAGGUAGCCGACAGGUUAAUUGGGGGUAUACACAGGUUUUUGGGUUACUUUUCUUUAUUGUGCUUAGCUGUAACUCUGUAAGUAGGUUGUGUUAGAGAGAGAGAGAGAGAGAGAGAGAGAGAGCAGAGGGGUUGGAUUAAGUCUAAGAUUGUACAGAAAGCAGGGGGAGGAAUCUCUCUUCCCUGUCCAAUACUCCAACCAUAAUGAGAUACUUAGCUUCUCUUUUAUUCCAAAACAAACACAGGGUUUUUCCUUA